CGUUCUAGUGUUUUACCCGGAAAAGAAACUCCUCUUGCGGGCAGAGACAGCAGCAGCAGGUCGGUGUCUGUCUCCGGCCCUUACCUCCGACUCUUAGCUAACGUUAGCUCGGGUCGGGCCCGUGUGGGUUGUCUUGGCUCGGCUCGGCUCGGUGCACUACCUUCCCCAUACUUUGUACGGUCAACACUAUGGCGGCCGCGGAUCCCUGGUCCUCGAGUGACGGCGGGCCGGCCAGCAGAGGAGGAUUCCCGGCUGGGGAGAGCAGCAACGACCGCGACGGACCGGGCGGCAGCAGCAGCGGCGGCAGCGGGGAGAGCGAACGGGAGCGGGAUCGGGCCACCUUCGAGUGCAACAUUUGUUUGGACACUGCCACGGACGCUGUCAUCAGUAUGUGCGGCCACUUGUUCUGCUGGCCCUGUCUUCACCAGUGGCUGGAGACUCGACCCAGCAGGCAGCAGUGUCCGGUAUGUAAGGCAGGAAUCAGCAGAGAGAAGGUGAUCCCGCUGUACGGCAGAGGGAGCUCCAGCCAGGAGGACCCCAGGUUGAAAACUCCACCGCGGCCUCAGGGACAGAGAACAGAGCCAGAGAGUAGAGGAGGGAUGUUUCAGGGUUUCAGGGACACCGGCUUCCACAUGUCGUUUGGCAUCGGUGCUUUCCCCUUCGGCUUCUACACUACAGUCUUCAACACCAACGACCCCUUCCACAGAGCAGACCAGUAUGCAGGUGAUCAACAAGGCAACGGAAACCUCAACAACGGCAAUAACAACUGGCAAGACUCCCUGUUCCUGUUCGUGGCCAUCUUCUUCUUCUUCUGGCUGCUGAGCGUCUGACGGAGACCCGGACCGUGGACGGACGGACGGAUCGACGACUGGGAGGGAGGAAAAAGAAACGAAAAAAAAUAACAAACUCUCACACUUAACUCGAGCCACAGACACACACUCAUGAUACAUUUUCUGGUUUGGGAGAAAGCGGAGCGUCGCGUUUAAUCCCGCAAAAAAUACAGCAAUUUGGUUUCUCCUCUUAACAGAAUCAGAUCACUUUAGGACACCCGGCCUCCAGACCACCCUCCGACUGCUCUGUUUGUUUAGUUUAUGCCAGAAAACUGGGAAGUUAGUGCUGUGAGAAUCACAAAAUAAGUCCUUAUAGAUACAUGCACACUGAAUCUAACGCUGCUGGGGUCAGAGACAGUAUUAGUGAUCAGGGUGAGCUUCGUAAAAGAGUUUGUUGUUGAGGAAUAUUUGGGACUAAUUCUGUUUUCACUGAGCUCCUAAAACAGAGAGGGAGUCAGGUUUGAGAUGCCGUAGUUUCCGCUCUAGCUGCUAGUUCUUUACUUACAAAGGCCAAAGAGUUGCGGGUCGGGACGUCGGUGGGUGAAGUUUACAGUUUCUUCCCAGAAUUCAACAGAAAACCGCACAGUUGGAUGCAUUUUUUUAUAUAUGUUUGUCUUAACUAAAAAAAAAAAAAAAAUUAAAAAAAAAUGCCAUUGCACUGUGAAGUCGUUGGUCCUAAACGUCGGAGCCUGUGCUGGUGUCGAACCACUCGUUGUUUCUGGAGGAAACGACCGAUGAAGGGCCAGUUUGAGCAAUCCAAGUACGAUACGCACAGUUGGUCAGAGUACGAGACAGGAAGUAGCUGGAUAAGAUGUAAAAACACGCGACUUACUAGCAGGAUUAACACGCAAAGCCCAGCGUGAUGCUAAAACCUGAAAUCUGUCAGCUGAUUUUUUUUUUUUUUUUUUUUUUUUUUUUGUGUCUGUGUCGGAGUGAGUGUGUGUCCAUUCUCUAUCUGUAUAUAUGAAUAUUGUAAAUGCUGUUUUUACGUGUUUGACUGGACGGCCAGCCACGGAGAGAUGCUUUUUGUAAAGCGAGAAAUGAUCUGGUUCCUGGUUUUCAGAACUGAGAAUGCUUGCAGCCCAAGUUAAUAACUCCUCUCCCACUAAGAAAAGAAAAGUUCCCUGCUAAUGUGAUGUUAACGUUCUCCCUUUUCCUGUAGAAGCAGCAGUCGAAGAGUUCAGAAAUGUUCGUUCAUCAAGCACAAAGUGGUAAAGACCCAGAUUCAGAUUUAACAUUGUUGAAAAACAAAAACAAACAGGUACAACCAGAGACGAUCCUUUCGUUCUUCUCACAACUUAGCAGACAUUUGUUCUGAUGAUGACUGACACCACACCGUUGAAUCGGGUCUUUACCGCUUCAGCGUUCACUCCAGGGUCAGAGAUGAAACUCUGCUGCUCCUCAUUUCUCGCGUACUUGUCUGUUGAAGCUACUCUUUGUAUUAUGGGGCUUUAUGUGACACUAAAACAAGCGACGGAAGCGUUCUGACGGACUAAAAACACGGAGACGUUGUGCAAAACCAAACGGUCUAGGAGAUUAAAACUUGAUUAAAACACUGA